UUUACAGACAGCCGUCCAAAAUGUCUAUAUCCAAAUGUCAGCUGUUCUCACCCUAAAAACGGCCCUCCUAAUUUAGAUUAUAACGUAGUUGCAUGUGGAGGGUAAGCACAGAUUAAAUAUAACUGUAGAGAAAAUUAGCAUUUUUUUGGACGCAGAUGUUGUGAACUGUUUUGUGGCAGUUGUCUGAAUGUUGAUGUGAUUGGAAGCUAUAAACCAAAAAGCUGUCAGCGGUCUAAGUCCUCUGUAAAACUGCUCAUUACAAAGUUACGAUGUGAUGUAACAUGGCAGCUGCAUGCGGUGUCUUAAUGUAAGUAGUCAAACAUGGAUGAAGAAGAAGAUCUGGAGACACUUGGUGAGCAACUGUACAAUCUGAUUUACCCCAAACACAAAGAGACUGCUGGAAAACUCACAGGUAUGUUGCUGGAGCUGCCAGGUACCGUCCUGAGUCAGAUGCUGCAGGACGAGGCCACGCUGACCGCAGCCGUGGAGAAAGCCCUCAGAGCCCUACAGCUGGCACAGGAGCCCAGCAAGGUAAGAUGUAAGGACGAAGAUGAUGUGUCCAUGUCGUCUGACUCUCUGGGGGAGCAGCUGUUUGAGCUGGUGGAUGUUUAUAACACUGGCCACUCACAGAAAAUCACAGGAAUGCUUCUGGAGCAGCGCAAAGAGGCAGUUAUAAACCUUCUUUCAGAUCCAAAACAGCUGGAAGAGCAGGUGAACUUUGCCCUGAAGACACUUAAAGAGCAGAACCCGGAGGAGACAGACAUCAGUGACUCGUCGGACACUGAUGACACAGAGAGGCUGGGAGAGAAGAUCUUCUCACUGGUGGAGGAGCUAGAUCCACGUCAUGCAAAUGAUAUUACAGGUAUGCUACUGGAGAUGGACCCAACUGCUCUCCAACAGCUGCUCAGUGACCACACAAUGCUGGAGGGUGCUGUUCAGAAAGCACAAGCAGCACUGGACACUUAAAAAUGAACUCUUUCUACUUGAACAGAAGAGGACAACAACAGUUUACGCACAGAAUAACACAUUAUACAUAUUUUAACGCAUACUGACUUUUAAUGAACUUGGAUAACGUAAUGCUGGGAAGAGCUUAUACAUCACUACAGGAGAUCAUGGUAAUACAAGUUACCUAUUACAUAACCAGCUAUCUUUGAUUUAUACUGAUUGUUGAGUGGACUGUGGACAGUCAAAGUUUGAUCUACUGUAAAUGACUGAAGAGUCAAGUCAGCCUCUUCUUAACUGAAAUGAAUAUUGCCCCUUCCUAAUACGGGUGCUCACUUCACUGGUAUGUGAUUGUACAAAACAUCAGAAUCAUUGUUCCUUUAUGAAAAAGUUUACAGCAGGCUGUAAGAGAGGAUUUACAUGUAAGGCUACAAAAGAAGUGCUUAUCUAGGUGUUGUCAUGCUAUGACAAUUUAUUUGAUUUUCUGUACUGAAAUAUUGAUCAUACUGCUCAUAUUGAUGUAACUGUAAGUUGAUGCUAACACAAAAUACAGCAGAUUAUAUCUAAACUAAGGAAGCA